AUGUUAGGAGGAACAAUCUUUGAUAAUUCUACUAACUCAUGUGCAAUCCCACUCAAAUCUGUUGAUGAAGGAAUCACAGGCUACCGGGAUGAUAGCUUGGAGACAGUUCAGCGAAAUGAACAACAGUAUGAAAUCCCUCUCAAGAUAGUCUCUUAUGAGGAGUUGUAUGGAUGGACAAUGGACCGUAUUGUAAAGAAGAUUGGCCGAAAAAGUAAUUGCACAUUUUGUGGUGUGUUUAGAAGACAAGCAUUGGACCGAGGAGCAAGUUUACUGAAGGUUGAUAAAAUUGUGACUGGACACAAUGCUGAUGAUAUUGCUGAGACAGUCUUAAUGAAUAUUCUGCGAGGUGACAUUGCCAGACUUCAACGGUGUACUGCAAUAGAAACUGGUUCUGAAGGUGCAAUCCCAAGAUCCAAGCCAUUUAAGUAUACAUAUGAGAAGGAGAUUGUUAUGUAUGCAUAUUUUAAGAAGCUGGAUUAUUUCUCCACUGAAUGCAUUUAUUCACCAAAUGCUUAUCGUGGGUAUGCCAGAGCAUUCCUGAAGGAUUUGGAAAAGAUUAGGCCAACUUCCAUCAUUGAUAUUAUCCAUUCAGGUGAGUGCUUCUCUGUGCGUGAGGGAGUUAAACUUCCAACUCAAGCAACAUGUGAACGUUGUGGCCACAUUUCUUCCCAGUCAGUAUGUAAAGCUUGUGUUCUCCUUGAGGGCCUUAAAGGCAACCCAAGAUUUGGCAUUGGUAAAACUUCUAAGGCCCCAGAACAUAUGGAGGAACUUGCAAUCAGCAACCUGAAAAUGAUGCACCUACUGUCAAACAUCUGUCAUUGUUUUAGACGGGUUCAAUCUUCAUUUUAA